AACGCUGAUUGCCACGCGCCAUAAAACCAUAAAGAAGAAUGACGUCAUCAAAAACGUCAGAAAACAUGGCUGCUACCACCGAGUCGAGACGUUUUUCUUAAUUUUAAAUGUUUAAUAUUCACUUCUGAACGAUAAUGUUUACCAUGGACAAAGUAGAGACAAUUGUGCAAUCUGCUGAGGAGGAGGAGAUGGAGCAGCAGCAGCAGGAGGAGGAGGAAGAAGGAGUUGAAGGAGAGGAUGAAGAAGCAGGAGACAAGGAGGAAGAAGGAGAAGCAGGAGACGAGGAAGAAAAAGUAGCAGGAGACAAGGAGGAAGAUCAGGAAGAAGGGAAACAUGAAGAUGAUGGACAACAAGAAAAUGGAGUGGAAAAGGAAAAGAAAGAAGAAGCCGUGCCGCAGGCUGCAGUUAAAACAAAAGUGGCUAAAAAGAAAAAGAAUCCAUUUCCUGCUAAAACCAAAGAGAAAAGGCCCGAUGAAGUCCUCAACCUCAACAAUGAGGUGGUGAGGAUGAGGAAGGAGGUGAAGAGGGUGAGGGCGUUGAUCAUCCGGAAGCUGCUGCGACAGAUUGCGGCCCUGAAGAAGAAGAAGGGGAAAGAGAUGGAGAUUGAGAGGAACCAGAGGAGAGCUGCCAGACUGCUGGAGGAGAUCCAGGCCAUGAAGGUCCUCUCACCAGACGUGGUGACCAAAACAGCCCUUCAGAAGAAUCUGAACUUUGACCAGGCGUGUAAAGACCCAAAGUGUACUAUAUCUGACCGGGCCAUGGCGCGCAUCGCUACACACCCUCAGUUCAAGAAGAAGAUCGAGACCAUCAAAGCUGCUGUGAAAGCCUUCAAAGAGGAGCGGAUGAAGGCUGGAAAGCAGGGACUUAAAGAGAAAGUGCAAAAUAAACCUCUCAAGGUGACGCCACAGACACCAGACAAAAAGGUAGAGAGCAAGAUUGAGAAAGUCCAGGAGGAGAUUACAGUGGAGCAACAGGAGGUCAUAGAGGAUGAGAAAGUAGAAGAUAUCAUUAAAGACUCUAAAGAGGCAUCUGUUGCUGGACCUGAAGUGGAAACUGUGAUAGCAACUCCUUUAGCUGAAGCUGCUGCUGAGGAAAUAGAAGAAAUACUAGAGUCUAAGAUUGUAAAACUAGCAGAAAUUAAAAUUAGUGAAGCAAAGGACAAUUUGAAAAAUAAACCUAUAAGGAAAGUUGUAGAAAAGAAACCUGAGCUAAAGCCUGCAGCUGAAGUGCUGCACGAAACAAAAGAUGAGGAGGAGAGUGAUUUAGAGUUAUCAGACGAUGAAGAGAAAGAGUACUUUGACGACAACGAGGAACGGUUCCACAAGCAGUCCUCCCACUCUGAGGAGAGCGACGACGAUGGCGGCUUCUUUGUCGGGAAGGUGAGCAAAUACAAGAAGAAGAGAAAGCCGAAAAGUGGAGACGGGGUGAGAGCAGAUGAGCAAAGUGAGGUGAGGAGUUCAGACCGAGUUCAGAGUGAACUUGAUGAGCUUGAGUCCAGGUUAAAGUCUAAAAAGAACUCGCUUCAGUCUGUCUUUUGUCCUUCCCUUUCUACAUCUAAGCCUGGUGGGGGCAGAGGAGGGGGCAGAGGGAGAGGUGGGGAUAGAUUUAUGGGCCGAGGGAACUCAAGGGGAGGCAGUGGUCCAAAUAGGGAUUUUAGAAGAGAGUCAAAGUUCCAAAAUCAAGAGGAAGGAGCAGAAAGAAAUUCAAGGUACAGUAAGCCCUGCCCUGAGGCGUCAGAGAGGGGCUUUUCCUCCGGCGGCAGAGGGAGGGGUCGAGGCAGAGGAGACUUUAUGAGGCAAAAUGAUCGCAGGGGUGGAGGUGGAGGACGAGGUGGAUAUUCCCAGCAGCCACCACAGCAGGCACUGCAUCCAUCCUGGGAGGCCAGCAAGAAAAGGAAGGAGCAGCAAGGACAGAUCCUGGCCUUCCAGGGGAAGAAGAUCAAGUUUGACGAUUGAUUGAACAUCUCUGUUGUUUAGAGAUGUUUACUGGAUACUGAUCUUUUGUUUUCUAUUUCUUUCAUACUAUAUUCGGGAUAUCUGGCAAACCAGUUCAGUGACUAGUUCAUGUGUUGUGCCAUAAAUGUAAUAAUUUCCUAGAAAUGCCCGACACUGUAUUAUUAAUUGUACUUAAAAUUCAAUGUAAUUUGGUAUCUUUUUUAUAACAAUAUCAGUCAGGAUAUUUUAUGACAUACAAAGUCAAGUUAUUAAAUGGUUUUAUUUCAUUUUCA